CGUCGAAGCAAGAUUUACCGAAAGGUUGUGCUCUUUUCAUACCUCCCCCUCUCUGUUACGUCCAGACAUAUCACGUCCUCAUUAGGUUCUUCGAAAAUAAUAUCGCCAUCGUUUUCUGCAAAUAUCGUCGUUUGGCCACUUCCAACAAAGCUGCAUGCAAAAUGCCGGAAUCGAUUAUCUUUUCUGGAGCACAGAACUCCGAGCACAAUGUUCUCAAGCCGACGUCUACUUUCACUGGUGAAGUCUACCUGGACCUCAUAAGCAUGGACUCCAAUGCUGCUUUGGCGAAUGUCACGUUCACUCCGUGUGCCAGGACAAACUGGCACACUCAUGAGGGUGGACAAAUGAUUCAUGUUUCUUCCGGUACUGGCUGGAUCUGUGACAAGGGAGGAGUGGCCCGUCGUAUCAAGGCUGGCGAUGUCAUCUGGGCUCCUGCGGGAACUACGCAUUGGCACGGCGCCGAUAACAAUUCAAUUAUGACCCACUUUGUCGUUGGCAUCGGCGAGACGAAGUGGCAUGACAAGGUCACUGAUGAGGAGUACAACAAGCGAGCUCAGAACUAAGGUUCUGUGUUGACUUAUCCCAUGCCAGCUGCCGACACCGCCUCCCACUUGAUUUCAACCCAAAAACACCACGUCGCAAAUGAAGCUUUAGAGCCACAUACAAAUAAGAAUUAUAUGAGAUCUCUUGAGAUAAUAGGAAUGAAUACAUAAUGCGAGCACACAACAGCUUUUUUAAACCGGAAAGCGGGCUGGUAACCGCGUUUGCCUGCAUCAGCCGUGGACUGUGGGAGGAGCCAAUUUUCAACAACUUCAGAUACUGGAACAACAAUAGUUUUGUGGUCACUUGGUUUGAUCUCGAGUUGCUUGAACUUUUGCCUUAUCUAUCUUAGCCUAUUGAAAGUUGUUCAAAAGCUGUAUAUCAGCCUCCUGAACCUAUCGCGCGUCAUAUGGCCUUAGGUUAAAGAAAAGGGGAAAAAAGCGGUCUGGCCAAUUUAGUUCUGACGGCACCAGUUUGAC